UUCACACACAACACUGAGAACAAGUCACCACAUGAAGAGGAGGCCUGACUGAAACUCUGCUUGUCAUUUAAGGGAUGGAUAAAGAUGGCGGGAAGCCAAAGACCUAUGUGUCUACUUUCCGGUUGGCCCUCAAGCCUCAAGCCAAAACUCUCUGUGUGGAGAAGCAGAAAGAGAAAGGACUGGAUACCACUGACAGGGUGCUAGUACGAAACAAUCUGGGAGUCUCUUCUGCAACAGACUCCAGACUGUCACCCGUCCAGAAACUUGAAAAACCUCAGUUCAAAGAGCCACUCAGGGACUGUACAGUCUGUGAAGGAAGUGAUGCUACUUUUCAAGGUGUUAUCACAGGAAGUCGGCCUCUGAGCAUUUCCUGGCUGCACAAUGGUCAGAGGGUGAAAUCAAGUAAUACUUCCUUCCAAAAUGGCGUUGCCAGGCUGACUCUGGCUCAGUGUUCACUUAGAGAUGCUGGGACGUACACCUGCACAGCUGAGAAUGCUGCUGGGAAACAGUCAAGUAGUGCUGUGUUACACGUCAAAGCGACAAAAGAAAUUCCCAGAACAAGCAACCAUGAGCUGCACAGUGACGUCACACUCAAGGUUACGCCACAAGAAAAGACUCAGUUGCCCCCGGCUUCCAAAGAAAAAAGCCAACAAAGUAAAGAAGAAGACAAAGUCUCCACAGGUAACAAAGAUACCAACCUUCAAACAAAAGUCUCCACAAGAAAAGGGCCUGCAUUGGAGUUUGUAGACCCACCAGAGCAGGUGGACGUUCAAGUAGGAGAGCAGGCCCGGCUCCACUGUGAGUUCAGGAGCAGCUCUGUCCCUGUGGCCUGCUGCUGGGUCUGCAACAAAGACAAGGUGGUGGUAGGAGGGCCAAGAAUGUCUAUCCAGAGCAGUGAGACUCACAGCAGCGUGGAGAUCUCUCAGGCCUGUCCAGAAGACACGGGCUCGUACACGGUGGUAGUACGAAACAGAAAAGGCUCUGCACAACAUACUGUCUCCCUCAGUGUCAUAGACCGACCCGACCCACCAGCAUCACAGCCUGUUAUUUCCCAGCUGUCCACAGAGUCCCUGGUCCUGUCCUGGACAGGCCCCAGCUACGACGGAGGCUCAGCAGUGCUGGGCUACAAAGUGGAGUUCAGUAAAGAGGAGCAGGACAAGGCUGAGAGCUGGACUGAACUGACAAGCCGCUGUAAAAGCACAUCCUACCACGUCCGCUCGGGCCUGGAGCCUCUGGGGCGCUACCUCUUCCGUGUCAGAGCCUACAACUCGGCAGGGGUCAGCGAACCGAGCCAGGAGUCUGAGUGUGUCAAGAUGGCGACUACAAAAGAAGACAAGAAGGAAGAGACUGAGUUGUACGUCACAGUGACCAUUGACACUAAACACAAGGCCAAGGACCACUACAAAGUGCUUGAGAAGCUGGGAGUCGGGAAGUUUGGACAGGUGUACCGGAUGUCCCAUAAUGAAACGGGUCAGGUGGUUGCGGGAAAGUUCUACCGAGGCCGAACGUCCAAAGAGAGGGCGGCAGCUCGCAAAGAGAUCGAAAUCAUGAACAGGCUUCACCACCCGAAACUGGUCCAGUGUCUGGCUGCCUAUGAAACCCGCUCCGAGAUGGUCAUGGUCAUGGACUAUAUUGCAGGUGGUGAGCUCUUUGAACGCAUCGUGGAUGACAACUUUGAGCACACGGAGCUCACCAGUGCCCGCUACAUGCAGCAGAUCCUGGAGGGCAUGCAGUACGUCCACAAGCAGAACAUCAUCCACCUGGACCUCAAACCAGAGAACAUCGUCUGUGUGGAUACAACCGGUACACGGAUCAAGAUCAUCGACUUUGGCUUGGCCAGUGAACUGGAGGAGGGUAAACCUCUCAUGGUGAUGCAUGGUACGCCGGAAUUUGUGGCCCCUGAGGUGAUCAGCUACGAGCCUGUGGGCCUGGAGACGGACAUGUGGAGCAUCGGAGUCAUCUGCUUCAUCUUGCUCAGUGGGGAAUCACCAUUCCAGGGAAACAGCGAUGCUGAGACUUUGGCUCUCGUGACUGCUGCCAGCUUUGAGUUUGACCAGGAGAGUUUUGAGGACAUCUCUGAUCAAGCUAAAGACUUCAUCAGCUCGAUGCUGAAGAAAGACCGAAGAUGCAGGCUGUCAUGUACCGAGGCCCUCGUCCACCCCUGGAUGGCCUCUUUUACCCCUCUGAACCGCAGACCCACCAAGUCCCUCAAUAAGGGGAAGAUGAAGCGCUAUCUGGCCAGGCGCAAGUGGAAGAAAACUGGCAAGGCUGUUUUGGCCCUACAGCGGAUGGCUAAUCUCUCUAACAGGCCAGACUCUCCUGGCAGCUCCUCAGAGGAGCCAGGCUGGAGCCAAGAGGCAGAAGAGGCCAUCCAGUCGCUGGAUAAGCAGCUUCAGAGUGAACCUCGCUUCCAGCGGGCCCUGAAGGACGCCACCCUUCCCAAAGGAGCAACAGCUCAGCUAACAUGCCUCGUCAAUGGUUACCCGCAGCCGGAGGUGAAGUGGCUCCAUGACGAGAAGCCGCUGUGUGAAUCAGGCAGAGUGAGCAUGGAGCAGGAUGAAGACGGGCUCUGCUCUCUGCUGUUGGCUGAUUUGGAGGCUUCGGACUCUGGGGUUUACGUGUGCAGGGCCGGCAACAAGCUGGGGGAGGCCAUGUGCUCUGCCAAACUGAGAGUGGAGAUGUGACUGUGGAGGGAACCAGUGGAGGCAACAAAGGAAGGAGAUUUUUCAGAAGAUUGAUGUGAAUGGUUUGAUUAAAGCCUGGACUUCCACAUGGCACACCAGUACAUGAAUGGACAGUUGUUCACUGCCACACAAAAGGCUGUUUUCACAUAAUUUCAAGGCAGAAAGGGUUGUUGUGGUCUUCUAACAUCAAGGGGAUUCAUAAAGGGGUUUGGACACAUACACUGAGCCUUUUUAUUUCACAAAUUACUAGUGCACUUAUGGAGUCUGUAAUAUGUAGUUAGCAUGUUUGGUUGUCAAUGCACAUGGUUUUGUUGCACUGAAGUAAAGUAAUAUCAAGUGGCUGAGCUCUGCACCGUUAAAUUGUACAUUUUGCACAUUUAGAUAAUCAUUAAAUGUUUUUACAUCAUUACUAUUAAAGGCUGAACUUGAAAGUGAUUAAUAGUGAUUAAUUGAAUCAAUAACAAUA